AUGGCGCCGGACGCCGCUGCACUGGUGUUGGACGCCACAGUAGGGAUGAUGCUGGACGUUAGCCCUCCAACAAGGAAUGGUGCUUUUGGACUAACUUGGUUGUGUUUAUUUGGAAUAGAUGUCAUUGGUCUUUUAACUUCAGUGGGAGAAGAGAAAGAAUAUGCAAAAGAGGAAAAAAUUGUGAAAAUAAUUUGCGAUGUGCAUUGUUUGGGAACUGUUAAUCAAGUAAAUCAUUUUCUUGCCUCUGGCUAUGUGGAGCAGCCUGUUGUUGUCAUUCAACUUGCAAAAGUCAAGUUCUUUAGGGGUCAAGUAGAUCUUCAAAAUGUGAUGUAUGCCACUCAAAUGUUAUUUAAUCCUGAUCUUCCUGAAGUUGUUGAAUUCAAGCAGAGUAUGAUUGAGCAAGGUGUCAAUAGUUUCCAGCCACUGUUUAUUGCAAAUGAGGGUAAAGUUGUCUUCUUGGAAGAUGAUUUCAUGCGUUUAACUAGAAAAUACACUAUUGAAGAGCUUCAAGAUAACAAUGAGCUUGUCUUCUUUUGA